AUGAGAUUAACUUCAGUAAUUCACAAUAAUAGCAUCAUUCAAGCUCCAAUAAAAUUCGACCCAGUCUCUCUCAAGGUUUCGUCAAUUAAGUACACUUCUAGGGUUCAAUUCUCUCAUCCUCACUUCCAUUCUUUCAAUUCAGUUAUUAGCAAUCACCGUCGCCAAAACUUUCCAAUUUCAUGUACAAGAGGCACCGAACAGGAGGAUGGUUUAUCCCCUCCAGAAGCUGAGAGGACGAGUUCUCAGACACGCGGGGAUGUUGGCAAGUUUAGUACCUCUAAUUCUCCCCCUUCUGUGGACAAAUCAGAGGAGAAAAUUAAAGGAAAUCAUGGAAAUUAUACUACAUCGAUUAAAACUGUAGCUUUAUGCGUGUGCACAGCUGUGGCUUUUGGCAUUGGUAUUGGUUUCAAAGAUGGUGUUGGCAAGGCAACUGAGUUUUUUGCCGGGUAUAUUUUGGAGCAAAGUUUGUCGGUGGACAAUCUAUUUGUCUUUGUUCUGGUUUUCAAGUAUUUUAAAGUGCCACUCAUGUAUCAGAAUCGGGUGCUUUCAUAUGGAAUUGCUGGCGCAAUCAUCUUCCGUUUGUCAUUGAUACUUCUUGGAACAGCCACUCUCCAGAGGUUUGAGGCAGUCAACCUAUUCCUGGCUACAAUACUCCUGUACUCAUCUUUCAAGCUAUUUACCACUGAAGAGGAUGACAGUGACCUAUCGGACAACUUUAUAGUGAAGACAUGCCAGAGAUUUAUCCCUGUCACUUGCAUCAACCAUUUUGGGCAGGCUACACCUUUACUUCUCACAGUAGCAGUUAUUGAGCUCAGUGAUAUAGCAUUUGCUGUUGACUCCAUACCAGCUGUUUUUGGGGUUACGCGGGAUCCUUUCAUAGUUUUUACUUCUAAUCUCUUUGCCAUUUUAGGUCUGAGGUCUUUUUACACACUAAUUUCUGAGGGUAUGGCAGAGUUGGAUUAUUUACAGUUCAGCAAACUCAGACUCAAGAUUUCAACUCUUAAUGCAGGCUUUCACAUAUCAACAGAGGCCUCCCUUGGGGUUGUAGCAACAAGUCUUGGGGCAGGCGUCAUAUUGAGUCUAAUGAAGAAGUCUGACAGUUAA